UUGGCUGCCACCUACCUCCCGCCGUCCCACGUCCUUCGAAAACGGUCCUGUGGGAAAAAUUUUCAGUUACCCUCUCACAAAAUUUUCAUUGCCAAGCGAAAAUGGUCAGUCACUGUAUGUUCUCUGCUGAUCUGUCUCACACUUCACCCUGCUUCCACCAUAAAGUUAAUGGGAACUGGCCUCAGCGUCUUGCCUUGGAUGUAAGGCCAGUGCAUGUGAGACCUUCAAAUGCUUGCAGAAUAAGAGCAACAUCAGAUGUUGACAAAUCAAUUGAAAUUCCCAAUCAGUGGUACAAUCUAAUUGCUGAUCUUCCUGUUAAACCUCCUCCACCAUUGCAUCCUAAGACUCAUGAACCAAUUAAGCCAGAAGACUUGUCUGCUCUUUUUCCUGAUGCGCUUAUCAAACAAGAGGUGACUAGUGAUAGAUUCAUCGACAUACCGGAUGAAGUUCGAGAUGUUUAUAGUCUUUGGCGACCCACCCCCCUUAUUAGAGCCAAGAGGCUGGAGAAGCUUCUCAAUACACCUGCCAGAAUUUACUACAAGUAUGAGGGUGUAAGCCCCGCAGGAUCACACAAACCCAACUCUGCUGUUCCACAGGCCUGGUAUAAUUUGCAAGAAGGCGUCAAGAAUGUUGUGACUGAAACUGGUGCUGGACAGUGGGGAAGUGCAUUAGCCUUUGCAUGUAGCAUAUUUGGACUUGGCUGUGAGGUUUGGCAAGUUCGUGCAUCUUUUGAUCAGAAACCAAAUCGGAGAUUGAUGAUGCAAACUUGGGGUGCAAAAGUACACCCAUCUCCAUCUACAAUCACCGAGGCAGGUCAAAGAAUCCUUGAAAAGGAUCCAUCAAGCCCUGGAAGUUUAGGAAUAGCUAUAUCUGAAGCUGUAGAGGUUGCAGCUAAAAAUGCUGAUACCAAGUACUGCUUGGGAAGUGUGCUCAAUCACGUUUUACUACAUCAGACUGUUAUUGGGGAAGAAUGCCUUCAACAAAUGGAAGCUAUUGGAGAAACCCCGGAUGUUAUCAUAGGAUGUACUGGUGGCGGCUCCAACUUUGCUGGGCUUAGUUUUCCAUUCGUUAGAGAGAAGCUUAAUAAGAAAAUUAACCCUAUUAUAAGAGCAGUUGAGCCUGCAGCUUGUCCUUCUUUAACACAAGGAGUAUAUGCAUAUGAUUAUGGAGAUAUAGCAGGGAUGACUCCAUUGAUGAAAAUGCACACACUUGGACACAACUUCAUUCCGGAUCCAAUUCACGCUGGGGGUUUGCGCUACCAUGGAAUGGCUCCAUUGCUGUCACAUAUCUAUGAGUUGGGAUUUAUGGAAGCAAUUGCAAUUCCACAGACUGAGUGCUUUCACGGUGCCAUACAGUUUGCCAGGUCUGAAGGGUUGAUACCAGCACCUGAACCUACUCAUGCUAUAGCGGCAACUAUUAGGGAAGCUCUUCGUUGUAGGGAGACUGGAGAGGCCAAGGUCAUUCUGACAGCUAUGUGUGGACAUGGCGAUUUUGACCUGGCAGCUUAUGAGAAGUAUUUGCAAGGUGAUAUGGUUGACCUCUCGUUGUCGCAUGAGAAGGUUCAGGCUUCACUGGCCAAUAUUCCUCAACUGAUAGUCUGAAUUCUUGUAUGAAUGAAAAACGGUAAGAAGACACCUAGGGGACAAGGAAAAGGCAUAUUUGUCUUCCACCUUUAAGGCAUUUUUUCAAUCCUGACAGAUAUUUGCCUGUUACUUUGAGAUCCUUCAUCUGAAAACCAUGUAUCACGGAAUUGGAGCCCUCGUGUUAGCUAUAUCUACGCCAUACUGGAAGAGUAUUAGUCAUGUCACUUGGAACUUCUGGUGAAUAAAACCAAGUUUCUUGAUACAUUCCUUCUGAUGUGCACUGUUUAGAAACCUCGUGUUCUUGGAGCUGUUGGUAUAUUGCUUUCAUACAUUUCAAGGAAUCUUAGAUGCUGGGUAUAAAACAUUAGGGAAGAAGAUACCUUGGGCCUUUUUUCCCUUGGACAAUAGGAUAUCAAAAUAUUCAGCUAGUUUUGUUGUGACAGAAUUUGGUGUAAAAGCAAUGGAAUUAGUAUGUCAUGAAAGUUGAUAGCGGUAGAAAUUUAGGCGCAUAUCUUAAGAGGUUCGAAGUGCUUGUAUGACUGCGAAUCUUGGGCGCUAAAUUCUAUUGUCUCAAAUUAUAACAACAUUUCUUCCAUAUUCUUA